CGAGUGUGUUGCCUUAUAAUGAAACCCUGUGUGCAUCUAUUGAGACGUUUAUAAUCACACCAAAGGCCACAGGUAAUCGCAUCUAUAGCUGCUACAAGUAAAUGGCAAAAUGGACAUUGACAGCAUCAUCGAACGCCUGCUCGAAGUUAGAGCGAAUCGUCCAAUCAAAGCAGUCCAGCUGACGGAGGAAGAAAUCAAAGGAUUAUGCCACAAGAGCCGCGAAAUCUUUCUCUCACAGUCGAUACUACUCGAACUAGAAGCACCCAUAAAAAUAUGCGGAGACAUACACGGGCAAUACUUUGAUCUACUACGACUAUUCGAAUAUGGAGGAUUCCCACCCACCGCAAACUACCUCUUUUUGGGGGACUAUGUAGAUAGAGGCAAACACAGCCUGGAGACCAUUUGCCUCUUGUUAGCAUACAAGAUUAAAUAUCCAGAAAACUUUUUCCUACUACGCGGAAACCAUGAGUGCGCCUCAAUUAAUCGUAUCUAUGGAUUCUACGAUGAGUGCAAGAGAAGAUAUAGCAUCAAGCUUUGGAAGGCAUUUACAGAUUGCUUCAACUGCUUGCCGGUUGCAGCAAUUAUUGAUGACAAGAUAUUCUGUAUGCAUGGUGGACUAUCGCCGGAACUCACAACCAUGGACCAAAUUAGACAAAUCUCCAGACCAACAGAUGUACCAGACACUGGACUCUUGUGCGAUCUACUCUGGAGUGACCCCGACCCAAAUACAACAGGUUGGGGAGAAAAUGACAGAGGAGUAUCAUUCACAUUCGGAUCCGAUAUCGUUGUCAACUUUCUCAUCAAACAUGAACUUGAUUUAAUCUGUAGAGCCCACCAGGUGGUCGAAGAUGGAUACGAAUUCUUCUCAAAACGUAGACUAGUCACACUCUUUAGCGCUCCAAACUACUGCGGGGAAUUCGAUAACGCUGGCGCCAUGAUGAGUGUCGAUAAAACACUAAUGUGCUCGUUUCAAAUACUCAAACCUGUUGAUCGUAAAAGGUUAAAGUGA